AGCAUAAUCAAAUGUGUGCGCAUGCGUUGCGGCAUAGGGAGACGGAUGCGGAGUGGGGAAUCACAAUGGCUUGUCAAGAGCGCGAAGGAGUUUUCAAAAAGGAAACCGUCAGCAAACUUUUGAUGUUGUUCUUCAAGGACGACAAAACCAAAGUCAGUAAUGAUACUGUGAGUCUCAUGGCUGAGAUGCUGAGAAUUUUCGUUAUCGAAGCAACACGCAGAGCAAUAAAGCAGGCAGAGAAUGAAGACUGUCUUGGUGUGGAUUUGGAACAUGUUGAGAAAAUUUUGCCACAGCUGGAGCUGCAGGCUUCCAUAGGAAUAGAGUGUGGCUGUCCUCCUCCUUUUGUCAUUACAACAACAAAUAAAGACAAAAUAACAAUGUUCCAAGUUGACCAUACAAAGAAAGAAACAAAAUUGACCUGUCGAACUGAAUGAUGGCUGAUUGGGUCAAACAAAUGAGAAAAACAAUCACAAUGUUCCAAUACACAAAGAAGAAAACAAUAUUAAAGUAUUAAACUGAAUGAUCAGCUGGUGUAUUAAAUACAAAAAGAAAAAACAAACAAACAAACCAAUUAACAAACAAACACAAAAAACACCAAAAAAAAAGAAAAGUAUCCACUACGAGGGCUGACACACAGGAACAAACACACAAUGUGCGCUAUGCAGACCAGUAGGAACAAAGCAGGGGUAAUUCCACUGCAAAGAAACGGUACUUCACCCUGCAAUCCAGGCUGACGGUGGAUACGGUUUAAAAUAACAAUGAUAUUCAAUGUUAUAAAAAGAGGGAAAUUACUAAAAAAAAAAACACUAACAUACCAUUAAAUGGCCGCAGGACUCUGGAUAUGACAGGAUACUCAAUUAUUUGGCCUACCUUCAACAGUCACCAUCCGUAUGCAUAACUGAUAGCGCUAAGCUGAAAAUAGAGCAAAUUGCCAAUCGCCCAACUACAACAGCUGUUACACCGUUGCGCUAAUCAAAUAAAAUACAUAUCUAAAGAAAGGCAGAUGCAUAUCAAUCGAAUCCAGACGCGAUAAGGUGAAGAGCACUAAACCGGCAGUAAUGUUAUCACCCACUUUUCAAACAAUGAAGCCAACUUGGAAAAGCAGACAGGAAAAGGUGCCAGAGAAGUCACAGCAGCUUCCAACCACAGGCCAGGAAACAGGGCGAUAUCGCAUACCUGAGCUGCCGGUGUGUGUCGCUUAUAUAAACGCUCGGCACGGCGCCAAUUAAUGACGUCACGAGUGUAACAACUAUCCCCACAACAACUCGGGCAGAUAGGCGUUAGCCCAUCAUGCCACACUUGGGUUUAUGUUGUCUCUUUGGACGGGGAUUCCCUCGUUGAAUCAUUUUCUGAAGGGGCGAUGUGGAUUUGCCAGUGGUCUGGUCAGCUUUUGAGUAGCGACUUGGGAAACCAAUCAGAAUGGUGAAUGGAGUCUCGUAUUUGCCAGAUACCACAUCACACCUUCAGAGGUCUUGGGGAGUCCAUGCCUUGAUGGGUCAGACACAAUAUUAGGAAGGUGGUUUUAUAUGAUUGGCUGAUUGGUGUAUAUACAUGCAGUAUAUACAUGCAGGCACUUUAGUGAGGUCAGGCACUGAUGUUGGACGAGGAGGCCUGGGGCGCAUUUGGCUUUUCAGUUUAUCCCAAAGGGGGUCAGUGGUGUUGAGGUCAUGGCUUUGUGAAGGCCAGUCGAUUUAUUCCUUUGUUUACAGGGGCACUGUCAUGCUGGAACAUGUUUGGGCUAGGCCCUUUGGUUCCAGUGAAGAGAAAUAAUGUAAUGCUACAGAAUUCUAGACAGUUAUGUGCUUCCAACUUUGUGGCAACAGUUUGGAGAAGGCCCACAGGUGUGGACACCUGUCCACAUAUAGUUAAUUACAUAUAGUGUAAAUAAAAAGAAACUGAGAAAAAAAGAACUGAUUCAAGGCCCUUGUGGAUGAACAAAUCCUUCCAAAACAUCUACACCUAUGGAAGCAACUAAAGGGGGGAAGGAGAUUAUACAGGACAUUUACACAGUUUCACUCACACUGUCCCUUAUAGUCAAUUAUUUCACACAUGGAGAAAAUUAAUGUUUAGAUAGUGUAUGGGGCUUCACAGAGACCACACACAGGAUGCCACCUAAAGAGUGUUUUGUCUUUGAUUUUACCUUGUGUUUUCGGGUUAACUGUCUUUAUGUGUAUCUAAGCUGUUUUUAAAUUAUAAUUUCAGCAUUAAUGUUACACUGUUCUUUUUUGGAUGUGAUGGAUCUGGAAGUUUUUUCCAUAACCCAAAGUUUAUUUGCUUUUGUUCCAAAUUUUAGAUGCACACUCUAUGAUGAUGAGCAGGUAACAGAUACUGGUGUGUCAAAAGGUGUUGAUUCAUUGAUACUUAAGACUCCCAAUGCCAAAGUGAAAACUGAAAUUUAUGCAGUUUAAUGUCUCAAUGUACUCUGAAAUUAAAGCAUAGAACAAAUAAACAAUUGGACAUAAAAAAGAUAUUCUGUCUUGUUCUUUUCUUCUAAGGUAGUUCUGACACAGCCUGGAGGUAUGUUUUGGGUAUAUCUUGCUCUAGGAUGAACCCCUGACCAACUAGGUGUAUACCAGAGGGUAUUGCUUGGUGCUGCAAAAUGCUGUGUUUUGGUUCAGGGUGCCAGUCACUCUGUGCAAGUCGCCGACUCUGGAUCCAGCAAAAGAGCCAUCCUUUCGCCUACUCGAUGGAGUACAAAAAACCUGCGUGAUGAACCAAAGAUUUCAAAUUUUGAUUCAUCGGUCCAUAAGACCUUCUUCCAGUCUUCAGUAGUCCACUGGUGGUGCUCCAUGGCCCAGGCAAGCCUCUUUUUCUUAUUUUGCCAUCUUAGCAAUGGCUUUCUUACUGCCACUCGACCUGUCAAACCUGCAGCUCGAAGUUUUCUCUCCACAGUUGAAACUGAGACUUGCUUACUUCGACCAGUGUUAAGCUGUGCUUGAAGAUGUCAUCCUGUGAGCCGCCUAUCAUGCAAGCUGUUGACUCUCAGAAACAUGUCUUCUGAUUCUGUUGUGGCAUUGGGUCUGCCAGAUCUCUUCCUUUCAGAGUUUCCUCCAGUUUCCAAUUGCCUUUUGAUAGUGUAGGAAACUGUACUCACUGACACCUUGCCUUUUUUUUUUCAGUUUCUCUAAAGGAAAGACCUAUACUUUUAAGGGUUAUAAUGGUCUGUCUGUCUUCCUUUGUUAAUUGCCUUUUUAUCGCCAUUAUGAGAGCAAUAUACUACUUCCUGCAGUACAAUACUGUCCAAAUAUUGCUUAAGAGGGUGCAGUAACACAGUAUGUUUCAACACUGCUUUUAUACAGACAGAGGGUUUGUAAAUAAUCAACAAAUGUUGGGACACCUGUAGGAAUUGUUAGCAUCAACUUUCAAGGUUUAAUUUUCUUCCAUUGCUGCAGAACAGCUCUAAGUUGUUAACACAUUACUUCUUCCCUGAAAAAGGCCUUUUUGUAUAACUCUGAAAUCUACAUUAUUUUUCAGUUUUUGGUAACCUAAAGGUUUUUUUUCAACUGUGGAGAAAAGACUGGCAGUUUACUGCUUACCUUUGUACCAUUUCAGGUUAUUCACUUGACUUGAACUGCUUAAAUUUCAAUAAAAACUGGAUAAAUGGGGGUGUUCUAAAACUUUUGACCGGUAGUGUGUGUGUGUGUGUGUGUGUGUGUGUGUGUGUGUAUAUAUAUAUAUCCGUAGGGUUUAAUAUGGAGUUGGCCCACCCUUUGCAGCUAUAACAGCUUCAACUCUUCUGGGAAGGCUUUCAACAAGGUUUAGGAGUGUGUUUAUGGGAAUUUUUGACCAUUCUUCUAGAAGCGCAUUUGUGAGGUCAGGCACUGAUGUUGGACGAGAAGGCCUGGCUCUCAGUCUCCGCUCUAAUUCAUCCCAAAGGUGUUCUAUCGGGUUCAGGUCAGGACUCUGUGCAGGCCAGUCAAGUUCCUCCACACCAAACUCGCUCAUCCAUGUCUUUAUGGACCUUGCUUUGUGCACUGGUGCGCAGUCAUCUUGGAACAGGAAGGGGCUAUCCCCAAACUGUUCCCACAAAGUUAGGAGCAUGAAAUUGUCCAAAAUGUCUUGGUAUGCUGAAGCAUUAAGAGUUCCUUUCACUGGAACUAAGGGGCCAAGCCCAACCCAUGAAAAACAACCCCACACCAUAAUCCCCCCUCCACCAAACUUUACACUUGGCACAAUGCAGUCAGGCAAGUACCGUUCUCCUGGCAACCGCCAAAUCCAGACUCAUCCAUCGGAUUGCCAGACAGAGAAGCAUGAUUCGUCAUUCCAGAGAACACGUCUCCACUGCUCUAGAGUCCAGUGGCGACAUGCUUUACACCACUGCAUCUGACGCUUUGCAUUGCAGUUGGUGAUGUAAGGCUUGGAUGCAGCUGCUCGGCCAUGGAAACCCAUUCUAUUAAGCUCUCUACGCACUGUUCUUGAGCUAAUCUGAAGGCCACACAAAGUUUGGAGGUCUGUAGCUAUUGACUCUGCAGAAAGUUGGUGACUUCUGUGCAUUGUGUGCCUCAGCAUGCGCUGACCCCGCUCUGUGAUUUUACGUGGGCUACCACUUCGUAGCUGAGUUGCUGUUGUUCCCAAUUGCUUCCACUUUGUUAUAAUACCACUAACAGUUGACCGUGGAAUAUUUAGUAGUGAGGAAAUUUCACGAAUGGACUUAUUGCACAGGUGGCAACCUAUCAUGGUACCACGCUUGAAUUCUCUGAGCUCCUGAGAGUGACCCAUUCUUUCACAAAUGUU